UUAUUAUUUGCUUAUUUAGGUUCGACGUUGACUUUUGUGCUUUUGCUCGCCUGUAUCACUGUUUGAAAAGGGUCUGUCCCAAAUUCCCAAUAAGUGUUGGUGUAAACUCGUGACUGUGCUAAAGGCAACAGUUUUUGCACAGCUGGAACACUAAAACCGGUUCUUUAAAGUGACGUUGUUCUAAUAACAAGGGGCGCUAUAUCAGUUCAUAGUUAUAUCAAAUUCACUUUUUCGUAAUAAAAUGAAAGGUUUUUCUCUUCUGUCCAAAUACUCCAAUACAAUACACAAUUGGCGAUUAAACUAUAGCACGGCUAGCCGUAGUAGUCAUUAUGACAUUAUUAUAUCGGGAGGUGGUAUGGUAGGUUUUGCAAUGGCCUGCCGACUAGGUAGAAGUGAUUGUCUGGCAAACAAAAGGAUUCUGCUCUUAGAAUCAUCCAAUAAGAAACAGUUAAAGUUGGACUCCUACAAUCAUAGGGUUUCUGCAAUAAAUCCAGGAUCUAAAUCACUACUUGAAUCUCUGGGUGCUUGGCAACAUAUUGAGAAGACACGCUUUGGUUCUGUUAAGAAGAUGCAGGUUUGGGAUGCAUGCUCAGAUGCGGCAGUAACAUUUGGAAAAGCAGAUUUAAGUGAAGAUAUUGCGUGGAUCGUAGAAAACGAUCUUGUUCAAGAUUCAUUAAUGAAAGAAUUAGAUAAAAUAGAACAAGUAGAGGUCCAGUAUAAAACCAAAGUCACCAAUUACAGGCUUCCACAAAAUGCAGAUGAAUUAGUUCAAGUAACCCUGGAAGAUGGUUCAUGUCUCACUACAGAUUUGAUUAUUGGUGCGGAUGGAUUCAACUCUGGGUUGCGACAGACUAUAAAAACGCAGUACAUUUCUUACGAUUAUAAUCAGAUGGCUGUAGUGGCAACCCUUCGCAUCUCCGAGGGCGAUGAAAAUGUCACUGCGUGGCAAAGAUUUCUACCAACUGGUCCAAUUGCUCUCUUGCCGUUGAACAACGAAUUUAGUUCUCUCGUAUGGAGUACAGACAAAAUAACAGCCAAAAGUUUAUUAGACUUGCCUCCUGAUGUAUUUACGGAUCGUAUUAAUCAAGCUCUGUGGAACAAUGACGACAGGAACCCCAUGGUCCAAAAUGUCAGUGAACGGAUAUUUCAGAUGUUAAAAGUAUGCCGUGUUAAUUCAUUAGAAGGAAAUGCUAGUGAUAUCCGGCAGCUUCCGCCGAGUGUAGUUGAGAUCAAAGGACGCCAAGCAGCUUUCCCUCUGGGUCUUGGUCACGCAGUUGAUUACAUUUCUAAUAAGGCUGCGCUGAUAGGAGAUGCUGCACAUCGAGUACACCCAUUAGCAGGACAGGGCGUUAAUUUGGGCUUUGGCGAUGUCAUUGCCCUUAAUGAUACAGUUUGUGAGGCUGUUAAUAAUGGAGCAGAUCAUGGCAGUUCGCUAUAUCUCAAGCAAUACCAAUCAAAUCGUCAACUGCACAACUUACCCGUCAUGGCAUCAGUUCACGGAUUGCAUCUACUGUAUGGAACAACUUGGACUCCACUUGUUAUGUUGAGAAGCAUUGGGUUAAACGUUUUUGACUCAUUGUCAUCAGUUAAAAGUUUCAUCACUCAAAGAGCCUCAGUUUAGCGUUGUGAUGUAGUACACAUUUUAAUUUAAUUAUUUUAAAUGUGUAUUUUAGAUUAUAUGUAUACAGAUUGCAAUACAGAUUACGAAACACCCAAAAA